AUGAACGCCAGGCCCAAUGAAACCACCUCCUGCCUCAAAAUCGGCAUCGAGCAGUGGGCUCCAUACGUAAACUUCAUAUAUGGAGAGGCACCCAACUAUCAAGUCACCGGUACAUCAGUGGAAAUCAUUGAUAUGAUUUCGCGACAUCUGAAUACUUGCUACGAGUUUGUAGUGGCUAAGGAUCGUGUAUUUGGUACGCAGCUUCCCAAUGGGUCCUGGACAGGCUUGAUGGGCUUAAUAACACGAAGGGAAGUGGACAUGACGGCUGUGGUCUUGUCAGUAGACUACCUGCGAGAUCGAGCGGUUGACUUCAGCGUGCCACUUUAUGUAGACCAACAGGCGGUGGGUUACAAGCGACCUGUCUUCGAAGCCGAUAUGCUAGGAUUCGUUAAACCUUAUACGUACGAGUUGUGGUUUUUGCUAUUGACAACUGUGGUGCUGGCGUUUGGCUGCACAUUCAUGAUUCAGCUCUUUCAGGUCAGGAGGACGUUCAGUGGAAAACCCGGUCAUGACACGGAAAUUACUAAAAAGGAAACCGUGAAAAGCAUGUGGGCUGUGUCCUUAUGGAUUCUCGGCGCUCUCCUUGCCCAAUCGGUGCCGUCCGAGUGUAAAGGAAACUCGGUGAGGUUCAUCCGAGGGCUGUGGCUCCUCUCCGCCCUCAUCAUCGGCUCCGUGUACCGCUCCAACCUCAAGGCCAUGCUGAUUCUGCCCAGACUGCGCCUGCCUUUCAAUAGCUUGGAGGAGCUCGUGGAGACCGACAUCCCGACUUACGUGUACGAGGAUAUGACUUUAAGAGCAAAAAAUGCGCAUCAAAAUUUCAUCCGACACAAUAGCGCGGCACCGGGGACGUCCCUCUACAAGCUGAGGAAGCAGGCCCUCGUCCGCAGGGAUGUGUUGACAAUGGUGAACGAGGUCUCGGAGGGCGCCUACGCUGCUUUCUUCGGGAAGAAGGCCUUUGAGUCGAUCAUUCAUCAUAUCUAUGGCACGAAACCAGACAACCAACAGACAUUAAUUCCACGUCAGUCAAGAAAGCUCGCCAAGACCUGUCUCGUAUUACAGCAGGGGACGUGUCCUUUGUACAUGGCCAAGGGGACGGUCUUCACCACGAGCCUCUGCCUUGCGUUUCCCAAAGGAUCACCGCUCGUCAAGAAAGUAAAUCCCCUACUCUAUAGGAUGAAGGAAUCUGGCAUCUUAAAUCACAUGUACCUUCAUGGCUUGUCGAAUUACACCAAAUGUCUUCAGUCGGGCUUGGUGUCGCCCUCGAAAGGUCUCAGACCCUUCGAGUUGGAGGACUUCUACGGCGUGUUCUGCGUGUACUUUGGGGGUGUGAUCUCCUCGGUGCUCGUGUUUCUCCUGGAGCUGGCGGUGCCUCUCAAGCACUUCAGCUCCAACGUCUGCAGAGGAAAGGCGGAGCAAGGUCACCCAGACCCCAGUCCAGCCUCCCUCGCCAAUGCUUGA